UCUGUGUCGUUCCGGGAAAGGGAAGAGUUUAGUCCGCAUAGUUUAAGUUAUGAAGACUGAGAAGAGAAAAACAUACUCUGGCUGAGGUCCGACAGCUGCUCAUCUACAACGAGGCUGACGGCAGUCUGUUCUAUGAGUAAGAACAUGCACUGAUGACCGGAUCUCGUCCCAAGCCCUGUCAAAUAAUGAUCAGCGAAAUUGUCAUAGUGCGCCAUCCCGUCUGUGUGUGUGUACCUGUGAACCAUAAGGUAACUCUGCGCGUCCGUGCUGAGGGCACAGGUAUCCUCAGCUACCAGUGGUUCUCUGAAGAUGAAAACGAGGUGCCUGGUGCUACUCAAGCAGACCUGACAAUCCGAGCUCAAAAAAGCCAACUCUACGUGUGCCGAGUGAAUGACCAGUUUUUUAACUGUGUGUUCAGUGAGUGGGUGAAAGUGAAGGUGUUGGACAUAGAUAAAUCAGGCUUGCCGGUACACUGGCAGGGUGAGCCACACAUUGCUAUCAACCCUAAACCACAGACGGUUCGACAAGGCACAAAACUCGCUCUCCGCUGCGCUGCCUUUGGCAUUCCUGCUCCACACUACCAGUGGUACAGAAAUGGGCAGCCACUGCUCAACCAGACUAGUGACACACUGCAGAUUGACUGUGCAACAGCCGAACACGGAGGAUCGUACCUGUGUUCGGUAUCUAACGUGCUAGCGGAGAGGUGGAGCGAGCCCGUCGACGUUGACGUCGUGCAAAAUGAUCAGCUUCCUCUUGCCGCUCCAACAGCCACUGAUAAAGUUGCCCUACUCAUUGGCAACCUGAAUUACUCCAACCAUCCGGGCUUGAUGGCCCCUGUUAUGGAUGUACACAAGCUGGCCAACCUCCUGCAGCAUCUUCACUUCAGGGUGGUCUCCUUGCUGGAUCUCACCAGGGAGGAGAUGCUGGCUGCUAUUGAAAAGUUUGUCCAGCUCCUUGACAAAGGAGUUUACGGCCUUUUCUACUAUGCGGGUCAUGGAUAUGAGCACGCCGGGAGGAAUUACCUGGUGCCGGUGGAAGCUCCGCAACCGUACCGAACUGAAAACUGUGUCUGUGUGCAGAGAAUCAUGCUCAGUAUGCAGGAGAAGCAGACUGCGUUGAGUGUAAUCCUCCUCGAUACAUGUAGAAAAUGGUACAACCAGAGCUGCAUACCCUCAGCCAUCAUGCCACUAGGACCCAGUGGGAACACGGUUUAUGGUUAUGCCACAUGCGAAGAUGCUGAAGCCUUUGAGGUCCAGGAUGGAGGGAAAAGUACUGGAAUCUUCACGAAGUACUUGAACAUGCACAUCCUAGAGUCUGAGAAGGUCACGCACGUCUUAGAGAAGGUGUCUGAGGAUCUGGGCAGAGACCCUCUUGUCACAGGCAAGCAGGCUGUGGAGAUUAAACACACCCUGAAGGAACCCCGAUCCCUUGCAGAUAAAGUUCGGACCACUGGCCACACAAAGGAACUACAUCUACGAGAUGUCUGCUGGAGACAAGCGAAUGAUCUACCACGGAAGAAGCGUCUGAUGUUUCUUUGUGGCGUCGAAGUGGAACUCAGCUUCUCAGCUUUGUUCUCGAACGUCUUGGUAGCGUUUGCCACAGUAAAGACUACGGGCCCCCAUACACAGGACUGCACUGUCAUUCUAAGCAGUCUGCCGGCACUGGAAGACAUAUUUUCAAGGCCUGACAGGUCAGAGGAAAUGGACUCUCUACAUUUACAGAACGUGGAUAACCCAGACUGUAUUCUAAGACUGUGUUCUCUUCAGAAACUAAAGGAAUCGCUUGUCAUCAAAGUGGAUCUACACUAUACCCAUACCGACAGUAAGCUGCGUCUGACUGAAAGCCAGCAGGUGGACAUAGGAACGCCUCUGGUGGCCUCCUGUAAACUGUACAGGAGGAAUCGUGCAGUAAAAGACAAGAAAGAAGAAGGUGCUUGUGCUCAAAGUAUGGGCAAAAUCUCUCGCAGCAAACCCCUGCUCCAACAGGCCGUGGCUGGUCCAUGUCGCCCUUUCACCAGGAAGGCAGUGUGUGCUGCUAAAACUGCAACUACACGGAGCAAUGAACCUGAAGAGAACGACGAGACUGAACUACAAGACUUUGCUCUUUGGCAUUAGACCUUUCCGCUCCUACCUUUGUAAAUACCAGUAAGAUUUUUUUUCUUAACAGAUGCUGAUCAUCUACUUGUCUGUUGAUUAAUGAUGAUAAUCAAUAAGCAAUUCAGUGACUGAGGUUUAUGUUACUAGCCCAGUACAUUAACAGUGAUUUCAUCAUAAAUUGUAUAAUACUUAACAAAAAAAAAAAAAAAAAAAAAAAAACAUUAUUUGCGUAUGACACUUUUUCAGUCAGUGGCAAGCUGGCUGGCCUAAUUUAUCAAACAUUACUAUCAAUAAUUUAUCUAAUAAAGACUACAACUUUCAUCAUUA